AAGAAAGCCUGAUUCCCCCCCCCCAACCCCCCCGUGAUUUUACUGCCGCCACUCCUGCCGCUUGCCUCUUCAGCUUCAGUUUGCAUCAGUGGGGGCUCGUGGCACGUGCAACGUGUGCAGCCGCACUUCAGAAACGACGCAUCGCCAUCGCAGCACUGGGAUGUUUUGUUACCAGGGAAUGGGAAAUGAUUUAAUACUGGUUCCAUACUGGUCCAGAACAGUCCCACAUGUAGUUUGUUUUCAACCGACCACUAAAACGAGGCGAUCGUUCCACAAAAUACGAACGUCACGAACAGAAUGACAAAAUGACGUGCCUGAUAUGAGCAUAACAGGCAUGCUAAUGUGCAGCUUCUUCUCCUGUGGCGCUCGAUAACGACGACAAACGAACAGCCGUGACUUCAAUUUCCAAGGAAGGCGGUGACGCCGCGCACGAGUCCGCCGGCCAGAAGGAGCCCCAGCAACCUGUUAGCUUGCAAGCUAACUGCUGGCUAGCAACUCUGGUGGCGGCAUACAAAGUCAAAGUUAGCCGAGGAGAUAUUUUUGCGAUUCAACGUAGCCUACGUGUGUAGCCCUCAUUUUCCUGCUUGUGAUUGUGACCUCACUUGACGUACUUUUUUAAUCACUCAAAUUUGUCGUGUGUUCACUUUACAGAGGCUUUAAAACUCGCACAUGUGCCUGACUUCCACCUCCGUUUUAUAUGAUUAUUCUACACUUAUUGUGCACCUUCUUGUCGUCUUGUUUCAUGGAAGUUGAGGUAACCCCGCCCCUACGACGCGCACGCUAGCGCGCUCACACGCUCCUCAGACCUCAUGCCUACUGCGCCACAAGAGGAGGAAACCAAGGAGAAGAUGAAGUACCUUCCCGUAGGCGUCUAUGUGUUCUUCUGCUGUUCUCUACUGACAGGAAGUGGAAGCGGCGCUCGGCAGAAGCAGCGUGUGGCGCAGGCGGCGGCGGGGGGGCUGACAAGGGGCUUGACUUGGCGCCACAACGGCCGCGUCUUCAGCAUCCUGAGUCGGGGGUCCCGCUUGCAGCCUCCGGCCCGGAGCAGGAGCGCGUCCGGUAGCGCCGCGCCGCCGCUUGCCGGAGCUAACGAGACCUCUGCCGCCGUCCCGGUUGAACCGCGAAUGCCGGCGGCGAAUGCCGGCGCACAGUUACGAGCGAAAACCCGUCAGCGACCUCCACCGAGGGCGGAACGGAGACCAGAUUCUGGAGAGGAAAGAAUGGCCGGCGAUGACCCAUACAACCCGUACAAGGCAUCCAACUACUACCCGUACUACAACUACUACAACUCCUAUUACAGACCCAGGGCAUGGACCCGACACUGGCACGGCUACGGAACCAGGUAUCACCAGAACGGUCUUCCCGAUCUGGUUCCCGAUGCGUACCACAUCCAAGUGGGCUCGUACGUCCACAGAGUUCCCAUGUACAGUUUACGCUGUGCGGCCGAGGAGAACUGCCUCGCCUCUUCCGCGAGGUCCGCCGGAGAUUACGACGUCAGAGUUCUGCUGAGGUUCCCUCAACGUGUGAAGAACCAGGGAACCGCCGACUUCCUGCCCAGCAAAGCUCCGUACUCCUGGGAGUGGCACAGCUGUCACAAUCACUUUCACAGCAUGGACGAUUUCAGUCAGUACGAGCUGCUGGACGCCGAGACCAACCAGGCGGUGGCGGAAGGCCACAAGGUCAGCUUCUGUCUGGAGGACACGUCCUGCGAGGCGGGCUACUACCGCAGAUACGCCUGCACCUCCCACGCGCAGGGUUUGAGUCCGGGCUGCUACGACACGUACAACGCCGACAUCGACUGUCAAUGGAUCGACAUCACCGACGUGGCCCCGGGGAAAUACAAACUUCAGGUGACCGUCAAUCCCAAACAGAAAAUUCAGGAAUCGAACUUCGCCAACAACGUGGUCCACUGUGAUGUCCACUUCACGGGAAACGCCGCCCACAUGUCGGCAUGCAAGACCACAGCGUGAGGGAGGAGCGACGCGUCAUCCACGCGUUUCGGAUGUUGUCCGGCGCAUUUCAAUCCGCCGUGGUUUCCUUCCUUUGUGCCGUCUGAAACGUUUGCUGCCAUACAAGUGUAAAAAGCAGCUAACCUUCCUUUCAGAAACCGAGAUGAUUUUUCAAACAUCGACAGUGGACUUGCACAUUUCAUAUGAAAAACGCCAACGUGUACUGUGUAUUUAACUCGAAUUUUAAAUGCCACCAUGAAAUAAACUUGACGGCACUCUUCUGGAA